AACAAUGCACAAAGGAACAGCUGUUUCUGACAACUACAGUUCCAAAGGAAAGCAGUUGUAAGCUGAAAACGCUGCGUGGCUCUUGAAGCGUCGUUCAUUCCUUACAAGUGUCAAUGGCUCUACUAAAUUAUAGACCCUUUGAUUUCUUCGCUUUGCUUUUGAUUGUAAUUAAUAAUGUCGUCGAAGGUUAUCAUGCCGUGGUCGUUAUCCAUGGUGUGCUCACUGGAAGCGAUAGCAUGGAACUUAUCAGCAAUAGAAUCCAAGAAAUGCACCCUGGAACUCAGGUUUAUAACACGCCAAGGUAUGCUGGAUGGAGUAGCCUGGAGCCAAUGUGGCGACAGGUAGAGGAGAUAGGAGUGGAUGUCCUGUCCAUAGGAGCUGCAUUCCCUGAAGGAAUACAUCUAGUAGGCUAUAGCCAAGGUGGUUUAUUAGCUAGAGCCAUAUUGCAGAGAUUUCCUAAGCAUAAUGUUAGGAAUUUCAUUUCAUUGAGUUCCCCACAGGCUGGUCAAUAUGGAACUCGUUUUCUGCAUUUAUUUUUCCCUGAUCUGGUAUGUGAAACUGCUUAUGAACUUUUUUAUUCCAAAAUUGGACAGCACACAAGUGUUGGGAAUUAUUGGAACGAUCCACAUCAUCAGAAAUUGUAUUACAAGUACAGCAAGUUUCUUCCAUAUCUGAAUAAUGAAAUAAAUAUGACAAGGAAAUCGACAGACUUUAAGGAAGGUCUUACCAAACUGAAACGUAUGGUAUUGGUCGGAGGACCCGAGGAUGGUGUUAUCACUCCAUGGCAAAGCAGUCAUUUUGCGUAUUACGAUGCUAACGAAACUGUGGUAGAAAUGCGUGAUAGAGAUAUUUAUAAGGACGAUUUAAUUGGAUUGAAAACAUUGGACAAGAGUGACAGGCUCACUCUCAUCACUGUACCAAAUGUCCCUCAUUAUGAAUGGCACAGAAAUGUAUCUAUAGUGGAUGACUAUUUAUUGCCAUAUUUAGAUUAAUGUAUUUUAUUAGAAGUGACUGAUGUCAUAACAUAGGGAUCUUAAAUAAAACGAGGAUUUCGGAAAUCAUGACAAUUUGGGACUGAAAUUUUGUAUACUAAAUAGGAGAAAUCGUGUAUAUAAGACAAUUUAGUAAUAAGAUACUUCUACACAUUUUCAUGUAUCAAUAAAAGUUUACUACCUCUUUCAUUAUAAAAUUA